AUGACGAGGAAAAUCCACGGCCUACAGGGAAGAGGUGAGGGCCCUCGGAGUGUGGUGUCAGGAAAACAACCUCCCAUUCAACGUCAACAAAACCAAGGAGAUGAUCGUGGACUUCAGAAAACAACAGAGGGAGCAUCCCCCUAUCCACAUCAACGGGAGAAGGUAGAGAAGGUUAAAUGUUUUAAGUUCCUUGGCGUACACAUCACGGACAAACUGAAAUGGUCCACCCAUACAGACAGCUUGGUGAAGAAGGCGCAACAAUGCCUCAGGAGGCUGAAGAAAUUUGUCUCGUCACCGAAAACACAAACUUUGACAGAUGCACAAUCGAGAGCAUCCUGUUGGUCUGUAUCACCACCUGGCACGACAACUGCUCCGCCCACAACGCGCAAAGCUCUCCAGAGGGUAGUGCGGUCUGCACAACGCAUCCCCAAGGGCAAACUACCUGCCCUCCAGGACACCUACAGCACCCCAUGUCACAGGAAGGCCAAAAAGAUCAUCAAGGACAACAACCACCUGAGCCACUGCCUGUUCACCCCGCUAUCAUCCAGAAGGCGAGGAAAUCACGCACAGAACGAGCAGUAUGGCUGGUGGCAUUUUCAUGCUGAAGGGUCAUGCCAGGAUGAGCCUGCAGGAAGGAUACCAAACGAGGGAGGAAGAUGUCUUCCCUAUAACGCACAGCGUUGAGAUUGCCUGCGUUCACGACAAGCUCAGUCCGAUGAUGUUGUGACACACCGCCCCAGACCAUGACCUUGCACCUCCAAAUCGAUCCCGCUCCAGAGUACAGGCCUCGGUGUAAAGCUCAUUUCUUCGACGAUAAACGCAAAUCUGACCAUCACCCCUGGUGAGACAAAUCCGCGACUUGUCAGUGAAGAGCACUCUUUGCCGGUCCUGUUUGGUCCAGCGGCGGUGGGUUUGUGCCCAUAGGUGACGUUGUUGCCAAUGACGUCUGGUGAGGACCUGCCUUACAACAGGCCUACAAACCCUCCCUCCAGCCUCUCUCAGCCAAUUGUACCUGUCCCGCAGGUGUGCUGUUCUGAUGUACCGAUCCUGUGCAUGUGUUGGUCUGCCACUACGAGUACGAUCAGUUGUCCAUCCUGUCUCCCUGUAGCGCUGUCUUAGGCGUCUCACAGUACGGACAUUGCAAUUUAUUGCCCAUGUACAUCUGCAGUCCUCAUGCCUCCUUGCAGCGUGCCUAAGGCACGUUCACGCAGAUGAGCAGGGACCCUGGGCAUAUUUAAUUUUUGUGUUUUUCAGAGUCAGUAGAAAGGCCUCUUUUAGUGUCAUAAGUUUUCAAAACUGACCUUAAUUGCCUACCGUCUGUAAGCCGUUAGUGUCUUAACGACCGUUCCACAGGUGCAUGUUCAUUAAUUGUUUAUGGUUCAUUGAACAAGUAUGGGAAACAGUGUUUAAACCCUUUACAGUGAAGAUCUGUGAAGGUAUUUGGCUUUUUACGAAUUAUCUUUGAAUGACAGGGUCCUGAAAAAGGGACCUUUCUUUUUUUGCUGAGUUUAGAAGCACAAGCAUUUUGCUACACUCUCAUUAACAUAUGCUAACCAUGUGUAUGUGACCAAUAACAUUUGAUUUGUGUUUCGUAAAUCUGCCAGAUCAGAGGCAAUCAAUCAAAUGUAAUUAUAAAGCCGAAUGAUGUACUGAAACCCAGCCUAAAACCCCAAACAGCAAGCAAUGAAGGUGUAGAAGCACAGUGGCGAGGAAAAACUCCCUAGAAAUGGCCAUAAUUUUGGAAGAAACCUAGAAAGGACCCAGGCUAUGAGGGGUGGCCAGUCCUCUUCUGGCUGUGCCGAGUGGAGAUUAUAACAGAACAUGGCCAAGAUGUUCAUAGAUGACCAGCAGGGUCAAAUAAUAAUAAUCACAGGAAAAAAUGUCAGUUGGCUUUUCAUAGACUGGGGACAGAAAUGCGUCAUCAGGCCAGGUAAUCCUGAGGCAUGGUCCUUGGGCUCCGGUCCUCCAAGAGAGAAAUAGAGAGAGCAUACUUAAAUUCACACAGGACACCAGAUAAGGCAGGAGAAAUACUCCAGAUAUAACAGACUGACCCUGCUCCCCCCCACACAAACUACUGCUGCUAGCUAAUUUGUCCUGGGAUAUAAACAUUGAGUUAUUAUUUUACCUGAAAUGCACAAGGCCCUCUACUCCGACAAUUAAUCCACACAUAAAACGGUCAACCGAAUUGUUUCUAGUCAUAGUUUUGAUGUCUUCACUAUUAUUCUACAAUGUAGAAAAUUGUAUAAAAUCAAUAAAAAAACAUUGAAUGCG